AUGUUCAACAUACUAUAUAAAAACAUUAUACAUAAAAAUAAAAAACUCGUUAACAUAAAACUUCUACAUAAAAAAACCAAUAUCAUUCCGUUCAGUACAAAUGUGUACAAUCAUUUAAAUGUAGAAGAAGAUUAUUUUUAUGUAAAUCCAUUGAGAAAGCUUAAUUGUAUUGGAUGUGGAGAAUUUCUACAAACAACAAAUGAAAAGAAAAGUGGAUAUGUUCCUUAUUCAGUUUAUGAAAAAUAUACAAAUGGAAGAUUAAAAUUUUAUACCAAGGUUAAAGGAGAAGAAGUUAAUACUAUUCCUGAUGGUGUUAAGGUUGAUGUUAAUAAUUUUUCAAAUUAUAAAAUAAAAACAAGAAUUAUUUUAUGUAAAAGAUGUUAUAGAUUACAACAUUAUAAAAGUACUGAUCUUAAUUGUGAAGUAGAUACACAUAGGGUAGAAAAUAUUAUUAAAUGUAGAAAAUUGUUACAAGAGGAAAUUAAACAAAAGGUACAAAAAAAUAAAUAUAUUAAUAUAGAAAAAAGUCAUAAUAAUAAUACUAAUAAUAAUAAUAAUAAUAAUAAUAAGGACAAGGAAAAGGAAAAUUUACACACUUAUGCUGAUAUUUCUCCUAAUAUUUUAAAAACAGAAGAUAUGAAUAAAAGGGGAAAUGAAAAAAAUAUUAAUAUUAUUGACAGAUUAUUUUAUAAAAAUAUAGCUUUAUCUAAUAAGUUAUACAUUGUAAAAAAGAUGAUAAAAUUAUAUGACAAAAGUAGGAAUAUGGAAAUAAGUAAAUCUAAUAUGAUGCAAAAUAAAAACAACAUUAUUAAUGGUAAUAAUAUAAAUAAUGAUAACAAUAAUUUUAUUAAUAACAAUAAUUUUAAUAAUAAUAAUGUCCUUGUCAGAGAAAAAACAGACGAAGGUAACCUUGAAGACGUUACAGAUACAUGUGCUAAAAACAAUGUAAAUAUUGAAAUCCAUAACAAAGAUAUAGAUAACGAAUAUCUUUAUCAAGAUAACUCGUAUAAUAUAGAUAAACGAUGCAUUAACAUAUACGAAAAAAAAGAUGUGAUGAAAAAACGAAAUGAUAAGAAAAGACUAGAUGUUGAAAAAAUGGAAUUAAGCACAUCUAAAUAUAUCGAAGGAGAUCGUAAUCAUAUUAUGAAUAAUUUAAUUAAAAAAAUGAAACGUAAAUCCUUAGUAUUAUAUAUAAUAGAUAUAACAAAUAUUGAAAAUACUAUAUUACCAGAAUUAUAUAUAGGAUGUAAAAAUAAAGAUUUAAAUAUCAUAUGGUUAGUAAACAAAGUGGACUGUUUACCUAAAUCAACAAAUUUAGAUAUGAUAAAAAUAUGGUUUCGUAAUUUAGUUAGGCAAAUAAAAAAUUCUCAUAUAAAUGAUUUAAUAUUUAUAUCAGCCUUAAAGUUUUACAAUUAUGAUAUGUUAGAAGAAAGAAUGAAAUAUUAUGUUGACAUAGAUAAAGGUACUGACAUAUAUAUAGUAGGUUGUGUUAAUGUGGGUAAGUCUACUUUUGUUAAUUCGUUUUUAAAGUAUAUUAAUUAUAAACAUAUAGGUGAUAUAUAUAAUAAAAGAAAAAAGGGGGGUGUUACUACAUCAAAUAUACCUUAUACUACAUUAAAUUAUAAUGUUUUUAAAUUGAAAAAAAAUAUAAAUAUAAUAGAUACAAUUGGUAUACCUACUAAAUAUCAAUAUUCUUCUAUUUUAUAUAAGGAUAUAGAUUUAAAUGGUAUAUGUAUAAAUAAAAAAAUACAACCAUUUACAUAUAAAUUGAAAGAAGAUUCUUCUAUCAUAAUAGGUUCCAUGUGUUAUAUAAAUUUUAUACAUGGUACUUUUUCUUUAUUAACGUUUUAUUUAUCAAAUAAAGUAACUGUACAUAUGUGUAGAACUGAAAAAGUCGAAUCAUUUCUUGAAAAAAAAAAAUGCUCCUUCUUAUAUCCUCCACAUAUUAACUCAGAUUUUGAUUUGUUAAAACCAUUUGUUAAACAUACUAUAAAAAUAUAUGGAAAGGAUUUCGAAAGCGUAGAUGAUAUAGUCAUAUCUGAUUUAGGUUGGUUUUCUAUAACAGGAAGUGGUACAAAAAUUUUCGAAAUAUAUGUUCCUAAAAAUAUUAAAAUAUAUAGAAGACCUUCAAUGAUAACUGACGCUAUAAAACAUACACAAGUUGAUGUCUUUAAAUUUAAAUCUUAUAGAGGCAGAACAACAAAAGUUUUGAAAAAAAAAAAAAAGUUAAUACAACAACUAGAUAAAUUAUAUCCUCACAGAAGAGAACUUAUCAAAAAUGAAACACUACAAAAGGAGCAAGAACAAAUAACAAAUUUAGCAAAUUUUAAUGAUACACGAACUUCUAUCAUAUCAAAACAAGAAGACAUACAAAAUAUACUUCAUCAUUUGUAA